UUUCAUGGUGUUUGUCCUAACGUCAGGAGUCACAAGAUGUGCAAGUACAAAGGGUAAAAGGUAGCCUAACGUUGUUAUAAACUUGUCAGCCACGAGCUAUGGGAGUUCAAAGUCUCAAACCACGUGAUUAGAAUAGACUAAGUCAUGCAGGGAGCCGACAACAAGUGAGGAGACUCUGUGCCUGUCCAACCUGUUGAACCAGAAAGUGUCUUCCUACCGGCCUGAAAAGGCUUUCUGCAAGACAACAAGUGACCUGACUUCAACUCGGACAAGAAACCGCGCUCUAAGAAAGCACGAUGUCCAAUGGUGAUGAGAAAGGAGCCAGUGACAGCAGUGAAGGCAGUAAUGGCAAUAGUUUGAAAAAGCCCAACAACAGCAAACAUGCAACCCCAGAAUCAACACUGUUGAAAGGUCCUCCUGCUGAAGAACCAGGAGGGAGUGGUAUUAAGAACUUCUUCACCAGAAAUGGACAGUUUCCUGGCUGUGUCUACUUCAUUGUAGGAAACGAGUUCUGUGAAAGGUUUUCCUACUAUGGCAUGAGAGCUGUUCUGAUCCUGUACCUGACCCAGUUCCUUGGCUUUGAUGACGACGUGGGUACAGGGCUGUACCAUGCCUUUGUCAUGCUGUGUUACUUCUCACCACUCCUUGGGGCUAUGGUAGCUGAUGGCUGGCUAGGCAGAUACAAGACCAUCUUGUACGUGUCCUUGUUCUACGCAGCAGGAAAUAUCAUCAUGGCCAUCACAGCUCUGCCUCCGCUGGGGGCGCCCGAACGAGCUGGACCCCUGAUAGGCCUGCUGGUGAUAGGGUUUGGCACUGGUGGGAUCAAACCAUGUGUGUCUGCUUUUGGGGGAGACCAGUUCUCAGCCGACCAGGACAGAAUGCGACAACUCUACUUCUCCAUGUUCUAUUUCUCCAUCAAUGCUGGCAGCCUACUGUCCCUCUUCCUGACUCCAAUCUUACGCAGUGAUGUCCAGUGCUAUGGAGGAGACUGUUAUCCUCUAGCAUUUGGAGUCCCAGCAGUCCUGAUGUUGGCCGCAGUUUUGAUUUUUGUGGCUGGCUCGAGUAUGUACAAAAGAAUUCCACCAAGUGGGAACAUCACUGGAUUGGUCUUCAGAACAGUAGGGAGUGCAUUGAAAAAUAGGAUAACCAGCAAAAGUGGAGAGAAGAAAGACCAUUGGCUGGACUGGGCUUCAGACAACUAUGAGAGAGACUUGGUUGAGGACAUCAAGAAGGUGGUUCAUGUUAUUGUCCUGUUCCUUCCACUCCCUGUGUUCUGGGCACUGUUUGACCAACAGGGAUCCAGGUGGACCUUACAAGCAGAGAAGAUGGAUGGAAAUCUGGGUCCACUUGGGCGUCUAAAACCAGACCAGAUGCAGUUCACCAAUGCCCUGAUGAUCCUGGUCUUCAUCCCUAUAUUUGAAGGCAUUAUUUACCCACUGUUUGCCAAGUGCAACCUUCUGGUCAAACCUCUUCAGCGGAUGGGGGCUGGUAUGCUGCUAGCAGCUGCUGCAUUUGUCAUUGCAGGUUUUGUUGAGCUAAGACUGGAGAAUGCAGAGAUAGUAGGACCCCCUGUUGACAAGGCUGAUCUGCGUAUCAUCAACAUUUCCCCGUGUGACUUGAGUGUACAGGGGCAGAACAACUACAACCUCACCCUUCCGUUUGCUGAGGCCUCAGGCUACCAGAGACUGGAUGCAGGCAGCCAGGACCUGACCUUCACCUGUGCAGGGUUCCCUGACCUCAGCUCGACUGUGAACUUGAAGAGCCAGACUACCCACACUGUGGCUGUCGGGGUGCAGAAUGGGGCACUUAAGGAUGUUCAGAUCUCUGAUGUACAGAAAAGACCAACAAAAGCUAUCAGUCAAGUCCGGUUUGUGUACAUGUUGGAAGAGGUCCUGGGGAACAAUGCCAGCAUCAUCUUAGAGGGGACCAAAAAGUACACCCUGUCUGGUGUGGAGGGGUUUUCUGCUACCAACCUCACUGACAUAGAGCCUGGCAGUUACCGUGUCCUGGUGCCUCACAAUGACAGCAGCCAUGAGAAGGUUGCCCAGGAACUUGUGGUGAACACUGGUGGAGUGUACACGGCCUUGCUCAUGCUCAACAACAGCCAGUCAAGUCUGGCGACAUUCCAAGACAUCAGCCCCAAUGAUUUGUCCAUGUUGUGGCAGAUCCCACAGUACGUGGUGAUCACUGCAGGAGAGGUCAUGUUUUCUAUCACUGGCCUGGAGUUCUCAUUCUCACAGUCUCCUGAGUCCAUGAGAUCAGUGCUGCAGGCUCUCUGGCUGCUGACUGUGGCUUUUGGGAACCUCAUCACCUUCAUCAUCGCCAAUCUGAACCUGUUUCCUCAACAGUCCUCUGAGUUCUUUUUCUUUGCUGCCCUGAUGGUUGCUGUGGACAUCAUAUUUGUCAUACUAGCAGUGCGCUACAAAUAUGUGACUCCAGCACGAUCCAGGGAGGACGAUAAGGUAGCCAUAGUCCGAGAUAGCGAGGGAACAGCGAUGGUAAUGUCCGCUACUGACGUUGAUUCUGACUGAGGAAUUUUAUCCUUGAGUUGACUUAGUCAAAUACAAGUAGAAUAAGAUGAUGAUUAUACAUCCAGGUAAUACGAAUUACAAUACCCGAGCAACUUGACAAAAAUUAUCCAGUGCUUGCGUAACUUUUGUAUUGUGUGACUUAGUCUCUUUAUUGGAACACGUCAGAUGUUAUAAUUAUUAGAAUGUAAAAAGUGUUGUACUGAGAUUUCUUCAAAAGACUACGACAUCUUGUACUUCAUCCCUUAUGUGACAUCUGCCUUUUAAAUUUGAAUACCUCAUCUGAAACAAUAAUGACACAGUUGGUGUCAAUAGGGGAAAAUAUAGAUAUGCAAAUUUUGGGGAAAUUAAUUAUUAAAUGUACUAGUGAGUGCCUUAACUUGUGGAAAUGCCAAACAUGCCAAAACCUGCCUUGUUCAGAGUUUUGUAAUAGCUCAGAAUUGCAUAGAGUAUUUAUCAGGUAGACUGGGUCGACUUGCAAAAAAUGUUGUAGCCAGUUACAAUCCUGAAAAAAUGUGGGUCAUUUGGUAGGGUCUCUCUCUCAAUUUUUUUUAGAUCUUGGCUAAAGUAAUCCAGGAAAUAUUGUAGAAUUGAAAUGCAUCAGGCACAGGUAUUUCCAACAUAAUAUUGUACAAUCAUAAGUAUUUCAGUAAACUAAGCAAAAAGUACAAUAUCUACUACACAAUCUUACAUCAGUUGUCAUUCAAAGUCUUGUGAAAUAAAGGAAGUCUGAUUUGAAUUUCGUCACUCAGAUGUCAGCUCAAAAAUUUGUCCCUUGCCAGCAGCCAACCCAAAAAAAGGAUUGGGCAGGCAGUUUUUUGCUAGGGUCCGUUGGGUAACCAAAAACAUGCAAUUUUUUUCCUUGGCCUUGUAGAUACUAGUAUGCUUCAAGGUGGGUGGGGGCUGGGGUGCAGUUGGAUGAGCACAAGGGGCUACAAUGUACAUGUUAUAAUGUUUUACUAAGCUUUGAUGAGGAAAGGUUCCAUGUCUCACCACAUUGGAAUCAGUGAUGUUUUUUAAGUGCUAUUUUGGGAAAACAUGUACUAAUAUUUUAGCCCAAAUCCCAAUUACUCUUCAGAAGGAAUUGUGAACUCUUGCUUGCUUACUUGCUUAAGUCGAGUCCAUCCAGUCUCGAGCUGUGAACUCUGAAUGAUUUAAAUCAUGUACUGUCUAAUAUGAUAAGGAGUUGGAUUAUAGUGAAUUUGUAUUGUUUUUUAUUACUUGAAUACCACAAAGAUGCAUAGUGGCUCAGUGCAAUGUAAUUCUGUAAGAGGUCGUCAAAGAUUGGCUUCAGUGUGUGCACGUGCUACUGAACUGUAUUUCACUGUGAGAAGAUCUACUGGUACUAUGAUAUAUACAAUUCAUGUUUAAUGUGAACCGGAUGCAGUUAUAUAUAUUCUUUGUGUAUUACAUGUAUGUAAUGUAUUGGAAAAAUGAGUUUCACUAUUGUCUUGGACAACACUUUAAGUGCUUGUGUCACUAUUGACACUAAAAAACAACAGUUCCUGAUUAUAAGCAACAAUCAUUAGUGUUAUUCAAUGAACAAGGACUUUCUAAAGUCAUAGAUCAUUGAACAUCAAAUCUUACACCAAAGGACCAAAUAAUUUAGGAAAGCUAGCUUUUGAUGGAUGCUGUUUAAUUAUAUUUCACUCCAUGCCACAGGUACAGGAAGGAGAUAUAAUGUUUUUAUUGUGUUAAUGGCUGUACCAGGUAUUGUAGAAUCUAGAGUUCUGAAUUUUGUGUGUUGUUCAUCUUCUUUGAUUCCAUUUUUUUCUAAAUCAUACAAUCAAGUUGCAACAGAGACUUUCGGACUGUUGUGACAAUUAUCACUAUUGGGAACAAAUUGAUCAAUAUUGUGAGAAACCAGCCAAAAAGUAUGUGCAUGUACACAAUGUACAUUUGUAGUACUAUUUUUGUGAUCUGUGUGAUUAGCAUGGUACACUGCCGAGGGCAUUGUUGAGGCUCAACAAAAAACUUGAAAAAUGCUGCAAGCUUCCAAAGAACACUGGAUAUAAAUCUCAGUGGUAUUUUAGACAAUUCAAUGUACUGUUAAGAAGUUUAAAAGAUUUCUAGAGGAAAUGUGGCAGUGAAAAAUCUAAUAUAAACUGUGUAUGUUUUAUGUCAGCACUGCAUUGGCGAGUGUAUGUUGUUGACCAUGCAUGUAAGCAAAACUUUGUGAAAUAAACAUUGUGUCUACAACAUA